AUGGCGGACGUGCAUUUGAGUUUUGAAGAGAGGAAGCAGAUAAUUAAGUGGUACUGGAAGUUUGAGAAUGUUGCUGCGCACCAAAGAGCACUGAAGAGCACCGAAGAGAACCGAAGAGAACCCAAGAGAACCCAAGAGCACCAAAGAGCACUGAAGAGCACCGAAGAGAACCAAAGAGAACCGAAGAGCACCAAAGAGAACCCAAGAGCACCAAAGAGCACUGAAGAGCACCGAAGAGAACCGAAGAGAACCCAAGAGCACCAAAGAGCACUGAAGAGCACCGAAGAGAACCGAAGAGCACCAAAGAGAACCAAAGAGCACCGAAGAGAACCAAAGAGCACCAAAGAGAACCGAAGAGCACCGAAGAGAACCAAAGAGCACCGAAGAGAACCGAAGAGCACCAAAGAGAACCAAAGAACACCGAAGAGAACCGAAGAGCACCAAAGAGAACCGAAGAGCACCGAAGAGAACCAAAGAGCACCAAAGAGAACCGAAGAGCACCGAAGAGAACCGAAGAGCACCGAAGAGAAUCGAAGAGCACCAAAGAGAACCAAAGAGCACCAAAGAGAACCAAAGAACAUCGAAGAGAACCGAAGAGCACCGAAGAGAACGAGAGAGAACCAAAGAGCACCGAAAAGAACCAAAGAGAACCGAAGAGAACCGAAGAGCACCGAAUAG